CGGCCGCCUCAGGGAGGAGGGAAGAUGGCGGCGGCGGCGGGUUUGCGGGCCUUCCUGGGCGCUCGGGCCCGCGGUGCCGUGCUGCUGUCCACCCGGGGGAUGACCUCUGCGGCCGACAAGAGGCCUACCGUCCGGUCCCAGGAUGGCGUAGUCCACAAGCAGCUCUCGGCCUUCGGCGAGUACGUGGCCGAGAUUCUCCCGAAAUACGUCCAGCAAGUCCAGGUGUCUUGCUUCAAUGAGUUGGAAAUCUGUAUCCAUCCCGAUGGAGUGAUCCCCGUGCUGACCUUCCUUAAGAACCACAUGAACGCCCAGUUCAAAUCCCUGGCUGAUUUGACGGCAGUCGACGUCCCAACCCGGCAGAACCGCUUUGAGAUUGUCUACAAUCUCCUGUCCCUUCGCUUCAACUCUCGGGUCCGGGUGAAGACGUAUACGGACGAGUUGACUCCGAUUGAAUCUUCCGUCGCCGUGCACAAGGCCGCCAACUGGUACGAGCGGGAGAUCUGGGACAUGUUUGGAGUCUUCUUUUUCAACCACCCGGAUCUGAGGCGGAUUCUGACCGACUACGGGUUUGAGGGCCACCCUUUCCGGAAGGACUUCCCCCUCUCUGGCUACGUGGAGUUGCGCUACGACGACGAAGUGAAGCGAGUGGUGGCGGAGCCGGUGGAGUUGGCCCAGGAGUUCCGCAAGUUUGACCUGAACAGCCCCUGGGAGGCCUUCCCUGCCUACCGCCAGCCCGCCGACCAGCCCAAACUCGAGGCCGGAGACAAGAAGCCGGAAGCCUAACGGAGCCGGACCACCAAGGGCGGGAGCCGGCGAUCCCGGAAGGCUCCGAAACACAGAUGUCCCGGCCCGCGGCUGCGUAUUUAUGGAAAUAAAGCCCGACUCGGUGUUUCGGCA